UCAGCCAAUCAGAGGAGAGCACAUUCUGGCUGUCUGACCCCCAGCUCGUCUCCUUGUUCUUCUUCUUGUGUCUGCGGCGGGACGAUGCACACCAAAGGAAACUGCUGCUGCUCCUUCGAGGACUACAAACUGACCCAUGAGUGGCUCCUGAACCACACCAGUCACCGUCCCAAGGUGGCGGUGAUCUGCGGGUCAGGCCUCGGUCUGCUGGCCGACAGAGCCGCCAACAAGCAGGUGUUCAGGUACCAGGACAUCCCCAACUUCCCCGUCAGCACAGUGGCGGGUCAUGAAGGCUGUCUGGUGUUUGGGACGAUCGAGGACACUUCCUGUGUCUUCAUGCAGGGUCACUUCCACCUGUACGAAGGUUACUCCCUCUGUCAGGUGACGUUCCCUGUGAGGAUCUUUAAGCUGAUGGGUGUGGAGUCGAUGCUGGUGACCAACGCCUCCGGAGGAAUCUGUCCCGACUUCAAGGUCGGAGACAUCAUGAUCAUCAAAGACCACAUCAACCUGCCGGGCUUCGCUGGGCAGCACCCACUGUGUGGACCCAACGACGAGCGUUUCGGGAUCAGGUUCCCCUGUAUGUCCGAUGCCUACAGUAAGGACCUGAGGCGCCUGGCUGUGGAGGUGGGCUCUGAGCUCGGCUGCAGUGACUUCAUCAGAGAAGGGGUUUACUGUAUGGUCAGCGGACCCAACUUUGAAACCAUUGCUGAGGCCCAAAUGCUGCGGAUCCUGGGCUGCGACUCUGUGGGGAUGAGUAUGGUUCCUGAAGUGACGGUGGCGAAGCACUGUGGACUCAGAGUCCUCGGACUGUCCCUCAUCACCAACAAGGUGUCUCUGGACUACAGCCGGGAGGAGAAGGUGAACCACGAGGAGGUUCUCCAGAUCAGUAAGAUGAGGGCCGAGGUUCUGCAGAAACUCGUCACCAUGUUGAUCUCUCGCUGCCAGCAGCAGAGCAUCAACACCCACUGACCCACAGACCCACUGACCCACAGACCCACUGACCCACUGACCCACUGACCCACCCACCCACAGACCCACUGACCCACUGACCCACUGACCCACAGACCCACAGACCCACUGACCCACAGCCCACUGACCCACAGACCCACUGACCCACAGACCCACUGACAGUCGAUACUGACCGGCACUUCUGAUUUAUGAGAACAGCACCACCUGAUUCUAUAUGGAUCAUGCUAUAGCUAAGAGACACUGACCAACUCUUCUUCUCUGUACCAAGAAAUUGGGCGGAGAGCCUUUAAAUGUAAAGCCCCUUCUGACGGGAAUGGUUUAACCCUUGUGUUUUCUACGUUUAAAAAAAAAUCUGAAACAUUAGUUAAUUAACAACCAAAUUGCCCAAAAAUAACAUGGAUGCAUGAUGUGCGUUGUAUGGAACCCAUGCAACAAUCUUCGCAGGUACAAUUAAUGAUUACUUUCAUUGAAUUUUGGGUGUCUUACUCAAUGUUUUAGCAUUUGAAAAAGACUAAAGUUUGACCAGUCUGUGAUUCACUCAACAUCCUCUGAUCUUCACUAUUGGUCAAAACACUGCAUCAUUUCUGCUUUUUUAAACAAACAAAAAUGGGUAUAAUGUCAUUUAAAUUAGGUUUAAUGAUUAUGAAUUUAAAAAAGCAUGGAGAAAAGUGACAAAACCAUGUGUAUGAAGUGUCAAUAACAUUGGGAAAAAGUGCCAAAAAAAAGUUAAUUUUCCCAGAAGGACAACACGUGGGUUAAGGUCUUUGACAUCUAGCUCCUCUCUAAGCAGUUUAAGAUGUCUCUUCUUACUCAUUUGCAUACAAGCUGCAACUGUUUUCCUCAUGCUUGAUAUAUAUUUUUCUCAACUGUCUAUAUGAAUGACCUUAACUGUUUAUUGUCUAAUGGUUGGAAUGGGGAGGAUAUGGGUGGUUUUGGGGUGAUGGAGAUUUUUCUCUUUUGUCUGUCAGUAUAUAUGUAUGUUUGUGAUGUAUGUUUUUCUUGAGGUCCCCUUGAUAUGUGCCAUCUCGAGGGGGUUUCCUCUUAAUAAUAAAUAUAAGUACCCUUA